CACCAUAACCCUUUUUUGGGAAGUAGACAGCAAAAAUGGAACUCAUCAACUAGGGCUCCUUCUCUCUACAACUGUACACAAUUUUAACAUUAACCUUAAACUAAGACUCUCUUUCUCUUUCUCUCUCUCACACAACAACUGCCCGGGCUGUACGGACUUCUCCCGUCGGAGCCCCACAUUCUCAUCGGAGCUUCCACUCAUACUUGCCCGAGGUGUUGGACGGUGAGUAUUGGAGAUGGUGGAGUCUUCGAGGGGUCACCAAGAAGAAUUCGAAGAUGAAGAAGAAGUGACCCACAAAGGGAAGGUAGAUGGGAAGAGUAGGGAAAAAAAUAGGUCUAAGCAUUCAGAAACUGAGCAGCGUAGGAGGAGCAAAAUUAAUGAGAGAUUUCAGAUACUUAGAGAGCUCAUACCUCAAAGUGAUCAGAAAAGAGACAAGGCUUCGUUCCUAUUGGAGCUUAUCGAGUACGUUCAGUAUUUACAGGAGAAGAUAAACAUGUAUGAGGAAUCUUACCAAGGUUGGAGUUCAGAGCCAGCAAAAUUACAUCCAUGGAGAAAUCAACAUGCGUCUACAGAAACUUUUGCUGAUCUUUCUCAAGUCGUAAAGAAUGGUUCUGAUCUUCAAAAUAAUGUUAUUGUUUCCCCAUCAUUGCUUCCCAAUCAACAAAACUCAUUGGAGUCUGACAUGGGCGUUGCUAUGGUUUACAAAACACUGGAUCACCUCCCCGGAUCAGCUACUCAAUCAGUUCCUCCUAACGUGGAGCAAACAAAUAUGUUUGACCCUAGUGGGAGGCAUGUCGUGCCUUUGCAACCUAUGCAGGAAUCCGUUUCUGAUGACAGCGAUGUAGAUCCACUGCCACAACCAUUACCUGAACCGUGGCAGGGUGGACAUACAACUACAAGUUCUGUGUUGAACAACGCACCGAGUAUCAAGGAGGAAAAAAGUGGAUCUCUGACAAUGUCAAAUUCAUACUCCCAAGGGGUUUUUGAUACUUUAAAACAAGCUUUGCGAUCUUCGGGCGUGGAUUUAUCACAGACCAGAAUCUCAGUGCAAAUUGAUGUUGCGAGUCAAACAGAUAGUGGACUGACUUCGAUCGCAUUCAGUUCAAAGGAUCAUGCAAACCGGUCACUGAACAGUCAAGUAAUUAGCACAGAUGACAAGUUUGAACGAGCUCAUAAGCGGCUCAGAAUAGGUGAAAAGUAGUGUAUUUUUUCAGCUGCCUAAUUUUCCUAUUUCUUUUCCUUUAUUUUGGGGUGGUGGUUUGAGUUGAGAGGGGUAUUGGAUGGGUAUUUUUUUUUCGGGGAUAAUUGUACAUGUGUAUGCACCUUGUGCUAUGCUCCAAUUUCCAUGCGCAUGGAUAACCUUAGAAGAAAGUUUCAGAAAUUCAGUUGCUUGUACCUCAAUUUGAAUAGACAAUUCCAUGCACAUAGUGAAGCAACUCUCACAUUUUUAGGUGUGAUUUCCUGUCAUGAUAUAGCUGUCUCAUUCUUAUCUAUGUGAUUUGUAUCC